CACGAUGACGAACGAUAGAUAAAGUAAUUUCGAAAGGUGCUCCACGUACCUACGCACUCCAUUAAUCCUAUUGAAGGAUGGCAUUUCCACCAUUAGUCAGCUGCACUCCUCCACCUUUGGAUAACUUUGGAGAUUCUGAAGAGGACGAGUUUGGGGAUUUUGCAACUGGAGGCAUAGAUGGGCUGUCUGUGUCGUCGGAUUCACCACAUAAACUGGUGACACCAGUUCAGACGCCUUUACCUUCUCAAAAUGCUUCACCAAAAUUAAAUGGCAUUCCAGAAACAGACGAAGAUAAAUCCCAGCCAGUUGUUUUGAAAUCAACAAUUCCAGAGGAUCUUUUAAUACUUGAGAAAACAGAGCACACGGUAGGGAACAUUAUAUUGAAGACAGAAGUUGUUGAGGUUAAAGUGAACGAUUGUAAAAAAAACUUGGAGAAUGUAAAUAACGAUCAUACUGGAGACAGCAUAGAGAAAGGAAUUUAUAGAGGAGUUUGCAUAGCCAGUGAAAACAGUAGCUUCGGGGAGAGCGAGCAAGAAGUUUCUCCUAAUAAUUUGGAGGACGUGGAACCCUUGAGUUUGGAUUUGGGAGAUCCUACUGCUGGUCCUGACAUUGUUCCACCAUUGACUGAUGAUUUCUAUGAUUACGAGCAAUUCGAAGAUUCACAGAAUUGGAUUUCAAAUAAUGACGUGCCUACAGAUAUUUCGAAAGCAGAUUAUUUUGAAUUUCAAGACGCAGAAGAAAUCCCGAGUAAUUUGAAUGGUUUAAACAAAGAUUUCAGUAUGCCCGACAAAAAGGAUUUAGAGUUCGAGGUGUCUGUAGAACAACCGAUAGUCGAAAGUCAACGUACAGAAAACCUAAGUGUGCCUGAGGAAGGAGACGUCUUCGAGCUUGAAGAUACAAAAUCAACAAAUGUAGAACAGCUGUCGUUUCAUGGUCCUGUUGAAGAAGAUCCUUUAAGCGUAAGUGAAUCAAAAGACGAUUUUUCAAGCAGAAGCCACGCCGAUGAGGAUGAAAUUACUGAAGACGUCUACCAAUUUUCCGAAACCAAAUACGUGAAUGCUGAGAGCAAUUUUCUGUCUUCUGCACCACCACUGCCAGACAUUUCGAGGUGUGCCAGCGAGGAAUUCGGCGACUUCAAAUACGAUUCCACAGUCGAGACUUCCACUGGGACUCUUCAAUCGGAGUUCCACGACUGUUCGACAGGAACCAGCGAGAGGAAAGAUGAAACGGUAGUGGAGGACGAUGAUUUUGGCGAUUUUACAAACUUCUCCGAUCAAACGCACUUCGAGAAAGUUGACGAAACAAAGGUACCUGAUAAAGACGAGGACGAUGACUUUGGCGACUUCAAUGACUUCGAAUCAGCAUUCCAAGAGCCUGAGGUAGAACAUCCUACGUUCAGCCUGAAAGAGUCUAUUUCUCGAAUAGAAAAUAAGAAUGCUGCUAAUAAAAUAGAAGACAUAAUAACAACAAUGUUUCCAACUGACGAGCAGCAAUCUGAGACUCAGAUACAAUCACUGAUAAAUCAAGGAGAUAAGGUUUGGCGAAGUAUCAAGAGCGUGGAGGAAACGAAUGCUUUAACUUAUCAAUGGGCAAAUAGUAUUAGCAACAACGUGCUUUUAAAUUCCCUCGGCAUUGACUCUCGUAAUAUUUUAUUCGGUCCAAGGUGGAACCCAAAUGUUCCUAGAUUCGCCGCGAAUCUUGGUUUCACACCUUUGGAACCAAUUAAAGCUACGGUGGACGCUCAGCCAGCCACUGCGACGAACACGAGUAAAAGCCAAAGUUCAAGUAAUUCAGAAGAAGUACCUGCUGCGCAAUUCGAUUGGAAUAGUUCCGGGCUUGUUAAUCCUUUAGAAGCUAGUGGUGGGUUAUCCGCUCUUCUACCUUUGGACUUUUUGUGUCCUUUCGAUCCUCUACUAACAUCCCACAGUUCCACCAACUUUGAAUCCUACCGUCGACCAAGUAGCGCAAGGAAUCCUGUUAAUCAUCAUAUCGCAGAAGUGAAUGUCAAUCGAGAACGGUGCAAUUCGGUCGCGAAAACAGAGACAACCGACUACCUGGAGAAUGAAGUUAUGAAGCAUCAGAAACGUUCUCAGCCGGCGAAGAUGAUCGAACCGUUACCAGCACCUCGUCCGAGUGAUUGGAAAAGGAAACAGGACAGUGACACUGGUCACAAAUCAAGAAACACUGGUACCCAGCGUGGCGUAUCGAUCGAGAAGCAAUUUCUGUCAGCUGAGAAGCAUUCGGUGACCGACAGGCAAUACGUGUCGACUGAGAAGCAGUAUUCCGCGAUGGAGAAACAGUAUUUGCCAGACAAGGCAGGCCCAGGGGACAGUUAUCGCGGGAAAUCUGUGAACAAAAGACCGUCCGAGCAUGUGGUGAUGGAUAGGUUCGGUCGUGUUAUGCCGAUACAAUCGGACACAGCGCGUGUACUGAAUCGGCUGCCGGAUCUCUCGUUCCUGAACGCGAGAACUUUAAUGCUCGACCGCGAACACAAACAGAUCGCCUGCGAGCUGGGCGUUGUGAGUCGCAAGAUGCCCGGCUGAGUAACGUCGGUCUGAGCGCGAGUUUGAAAGGUCAACGACAUACGAUAUAUCUCCACCCAAUGGACGCAUCGAUGUGGCGUAGAAACGAGGAAGAAGAAAAACAAAGGAAAAAAGAACUUCUGUUAACCUUUCAAAUCCGUGCUUGGAC